ACACGGAAAUUAUCUUCUUGAAUACUUCAAAUGUUGUGAACUUAUGAUCAUGACGCAAGUCUGGAUUUGCUCCUAACUGAUUUUGUAUUCUGAGUUGCUAUGGUGUAGCGUCAAUUUUAUUUUUGUCCUUGUAGUUUAAAACUUCAUAAUCGUAUAUACUUUUCUUAGUAAUUUCAAAUUGGUCUAAUCACGUACUCUUAAAUACUAACUUGGAGCUAAUUAUCCGAUAUUAAUAUUUUGGAUGGUCACACUUUGGGAUCUUUUGAAAGGUGGUUUAGGAGGUUUUCUGAGCCAUUUUGUAGUUUGCCAUGUUCUUGCUUAAUAGGUUUCAAGAAAUUGAUUGAAGUAAAAGUGUGUAAAGCAUUAUAGCAUUAAAGCUAGAAGCGCAUUGUUUUUGGCCUCUACAUAUGCAAACAAUGAGAAAGUAGGUGCCUUCGAUUCAUUUUAACUAGAGCUUCUUUGCUAAUGCAUUUGAAAAAUUCAAAGAGUCAUGAAAUUUGAGUUUAACAACUGCUCCACCAGCACACCAAAUGUAUUUUUGGCUGGUUUUUAUGCACAUAUCAUCAGUGGCAGAGCUGGCGACAAUGGCAUCAUAUAGGUGUGACCUUUGGGUAGGAUGUACCUGCAUGAUGGCAUGACCCUCAUCAUAAUGUCCUAUAUAUUUGAAUUCGGGACAUCUUCUCUGUAAUUAAUCUCAGCUCAAAUUAAUUAAGAUGAGGCUAAUCACUAUGACUCUUCCAGUUUUGGUGGUUAUGUUAGUUUUGACAGGUUUGGUGGAUCAAGGGGAGGGCACCAUGUGCGCAAGCACCUUCUUCUCGUCUAUUGUUCAGCUAAUACCUUGCAGAGCAGCAGUUGUUCCUUUUAGCCCCAUCCCACCAAGUGAGACUUGCUGCAAUGCCCUCAAAGCUCUUGGCCAGCCUUGCCUAUGUGUGCUUGUCAAUGGCCCUCCGAUUUCUGGCGUCGAUCGUACCAUGGCAGUGCAGCUCCCAGAGAAGUGCACUGUCAACUUUGAACCAUGUGAAAUCAUGAAUUAAAGAAGUUGAAGCAUAGAGCUGAGGAGUAUUCUGGAAUAAGUGUCUUGGAGUUAUAGGGAUCCUUUUGGUUGUUUAAUAUUUAAUGCUGCUGUUAAUAAGAGGCUGUAUUUUUAGAACUUGAGAUUAUGCAGUGAACCCCUUGGGUUUUAAUUUGAUUUCUGAUGUAAUAGAUUACUAGUUUAUUUUAAUAACUAUGUAUUAUUUACUUGA